AACACACCUAUAAUUUUUUUAUUUAUCAAAAGUUACUUCAGAGAGCAAAUACUAUAUUCCUAAGGCUAGUAUGGUAGUUUUCUUUUGCAAUGAUAAAAAAGAUUGAGAUAGAAGAAAAGAGAGUCUCCUCCCAGUCUUCCAUUCUAGAGCGAAAGCCUCUUCUACAAGCCCAUCUAUAUAAAGCCCAGCCCACCUCCAUUCCGGUACACUACUAAGCCGAAGCCGAAGCCAAGCGAAGCCGCCUCUUCCUCUCCUCUCCUCUCGACUCCGCCCACCGAACCGCCGGCUCCUGGAUUCUCCUCCCCCCUCCUCCUCGCCGCGCGUCCGUUCCGCCAUGGCGAUCGACCACAAGUCCCCGUUCAAGGAGAUCCGCCUCAAGAGCCGGAGGACCAUGAGCUGUGGCGGCCCUGAACCGCAGAAGAAGGAGGACGAGGAGCGGGCUGCGGCGUCGGACCCGGAGCUGGAGGAGAAGGACCCGGCCGGGUCGGCGCACGGGGCGCGGUGGCCUCGGUGGGUGCGCCCUCUGCUCUCGGCGCGCUUCUACACGGCGUGCGAGGCGCACCCGAGCUCGCGCAGGGGCGGCGAGCGCACCAUGUUCUGCCUCGACUGCGCCGACGCCGGCGCGCUCUGCCUCCUCUGCGUCGCCCACGGCCACCUCGGCCACCGCGCCAUCCAGAUCCGCCGGUCCACCUACAACAGCGUCGUCCGCGUGUCCGACAUCAGGGGGCUCCUCGACAUCGACGGCGUGCAGACCUACGUCAUCAACGGCGCCCGCGUCGUCUUCAUCAACGAGCGCCGCCCGCGGCACAACCACAAGGGCGCCGGCUACAAGGGCGUCAAGGGCUGCUGCGAGACCUGCGGCCGCGGCCUCCACGACGUCUUCCGCUUCUGCUCGCUCGGCUGCAAGGUCGCCGCCGGCUGCUCCCCCGACGGCAAUGCCGUCAAACAGAGCUCCACUCCGCCGCCGUCGCCAUCACCCCCACCCGCCGUGCCGGCGAAGCGGCGCAAGGGCAUUCCACGCCGGGCACCAUUCCGCUAAGCUGCGGCAGCAAAUCUACAUCUGAAUUUUUGACAGUGAGUGGAUUCUCCUUUCUGCUUCUGAAGAUCAACCCGCCUUUCUAUUGAAGCGCAUGAUUAUAAAAGUUUAGAAAUGAAAAAGAUGUAAGAUGUCAGGGCUUUCUAAAUCUUGCAGGAACCAAAUCAUAGAAAUUUGCAGAUAUGACCCACAUGAGUCUUGCACUUUAUGAAAGUGCAUAAGAGGCACUUAGAGCAUACACAGUGUAUAUUUCAAGUUAGGGCGUGACAAGUUGGAAACCCAGCCCACAUAAAAAAAAUCGCUAAAAUACAACAAUGUUUGGUACUGGUUCUGUCUUCUUAUUAUCUGAAUGCAUAGAAGCGGUUCCUUUGUAAAGAUUACCUUGUCAGGGAAAUCUUCUCUAUUUUCUACAAUGUUGGUGCUCUUACAAGUUGCAACAAUUUCCAUUUCCAUGGAGUUCCUCUUGCUAGAGACCUUAUAGCGCUUUCAUCAUUUUUAUUGAUAGAAAAAG